AUGGCAGACAUGGACGAAUUCGCCCAGACCCGUGGCGCAGACGACCUUUUCGACGACGAGAUUAUCCCGGUGUCGGCGGAGGAACAGAACGUGCAUACAGAAGUAGUCGUGGCUCCAGAGUCAGAGCCUACACCGCCGCAGGAGAUUACGCCACCCGAGAAGCAGCCUUCUCCGCGCGCCGAGCCUUCGCAGCGGGGUGACAAUUCACAGCGGGGCCGUGGGCGCGGUGGUCAGGCGAAACAGGGGCGCAGUCUCCAAGACUCUAGAUGGGCGGACCCGAAAACUGCGGAGAAUAAUACCCCGCGGAAGAAGAAGACACCUGUGAAUGUGGCGGAGCCAAAGGUUACUCCUGCUGCUCCCCCGGCUGAGACGGCAGAGAAGCGACCAGAAACAGAGAAGCCGCAGUCCACCCCGGAUGAGGAGAGCAAAAAGGACUCAGCCAAUGGCCCGGAUGCACAGCGAGUGCCGGCUGUCCGAGGGGAUCGCAGCGCAACGGGAGGAUUAAGAAAGGCGAAACUCACCGAGGCAGAAUUAUCCAAGCGCAUGGCCGCUGCCAAAGAAAACGCCGCCAAGAAAGCUGCUGCCCAUGCACGGGCUGAAGCCGAUCAGGCUUCUUUCAUGGAGCGUGAGCAAAUUGCAGCCAAAAAACGGCGCGAAGAGCUGGCAAGCCGGCGAGUUAUGGAUAAGGAGCGUGAGCAGAACCGUCAACGUAAGCUCAAGGCCCAAACUGGGCGCGAAUGGGACUCCGAGAAACGUGAGGAUGACUAUAAUCCUCGUGGUGGCGGAAGCCAAUAUCGCCGGGGCAUGCAUGGUGGUGUGUCUGGGCAGGUGCGGCGAGAUUUUGAUGGGCCGUCAGAGGAACCUAGCCACAUCACCCCUGGCCGGGGGCGAGGACGAGGCGGGCGUGGGGGCCGUGGCCGUGGCCCUUCGCGUGGAUCACAGGAUCGCUCAUCUUCCAAGGACCAAUCCGACCGCAAAGAUUCUAAGACGCCGGCCGUUAAUGAUGAAGCCGACUUCCCAUCUCUCCCUGCAGGCAAGGUACCUGUCAAGUCGGAGAAAACUACGGACGCCAAUGCGCCAGCGCCGGCACCCGUUAAACCACCCCCGUCAAUGGAAACACUCGAGUCCACAAUGUCACCUGUGACUGGAAGCUGGGCUGAUCAAUUUGAUGAAUGA